AUGAAUAGUGAUGAACUUCAUCAAUUUAUUCAACAGGUUGUACGUGAAAUACUUGUACGUUCGCCUGUGCGAAUAGCCGAUGGUGCCUCUCGUGGACUUUCACGCAUUGAUCUUCUUGUCUAUCUACAUAGGGCACCGCAGGAGUCCCAUACAAAAGAUGCACAUCAUUUAAAUGGUCCAUCCGCCUCCACUUCUUCUGCAUCUAUUGCUGGACGAACUGAAUCACGUGGUGUACUUGGUCCAGUCACUUCUUCUUCUUCUUCUUCAAUAAUAACAUCAACAACUACAGCAGCAGCAGCAGCAAUCACAGCAACAACAACUACUACUACAUCAACUACAUCAACAGGAAUAACAAGCAGUAUAGGAAUGACAGGAGGAACAGGUGCGGCAAGUGGAGAAGUGGAAACAACUCCAGCAGCGGAGGAUCUCCCCAUCAGUCCACUCACCACAAAGGAAGUCAUUACCGUUUUGUUAAAAUUAACCCGCACCUUUGAUGAUACCACAACAGAAUUCUUAUAUGGUCCAGAAGAAGUAAAAGGUGCGGUUCGACAAAUGAUGCAGCAUGGAAAUGGAUUAACAGUACCAUCACAGUUGAUGGCCACACUUAUUCUUGCC